AUUCUCAAGAAAAUUAAAGAAGAAAGAAAAAUUAUGUCGCUAAGCUGAUUCAACAUAGAAAAGUUAUACGAUAACCAAUUUCCAAUAAGACGCUUCAGUAGGUACGUCAUAGCAAAGCGUACUUAGAUAUAAGUAGAAGAUUUACUUUAUUUUAUUAUACAUUAGUUGUUAGAGUUGUGGAUUUAAUAUGAUUAUAAUAAGUAAACGUAUGCGAGUCAGAAUAACUAAUAAGCAUCUUAUAAGAAACGUACGUGUAGUAGAUAAGAGUUUGUAUGAGUAAGCACUCUACAUUUUACCUUUUAUAUUUACGUUAUACUUUAGAACUUAAGUAGUUUUAAGAACACAAGGAUGCAAUCAUUUAUACGGAAUCAACAUAAAGAAGAAAGAAAUUUGUUAAAGGCCCUAAAUUCAUUUCAUAUUUAUCGAAAUUUAUGGGGUUUGAGUUGACUUUGGCAACACUGACUGUUGCAAAGUGAACGUUCCACCAUUUUGAAUCGUUGGCGGAAGAUCUCCAAGCAGACGCGAGUUCCCCGGGAAGGUUCCUCAAAUUAUGCUGGUAAAUAUUGAGAAUAUUAUAAUUUAAAGGGCACCAACAAAGGGAUAAGCGUGUAGAUAGGCAAGAUUGUGAAAAACUACGUAUUUACUUCAUAGGUACAGUGAACUCGCCGCCGCCAACCACACCGGACAAGACAACUCGGAUUUGACGAAAACCCCCCUGAUUAGACCUGCUAUCGGACUAGACUAUUUCUCGGAUUAAACAAGAAAAGAGCUUACACAAACAACAUAAUGGACGAUUUGCUUUUAAGAAGGCUUAGGCUCAUUAACGACAAACUCACCACAGACAUAGAAGUUAUUCCUGUUACCAUUAAUUCAGAGAACUUAGGGCAGGCUCAAAUUACUUACAGUAAAUUAGAUGCAUCUCUGAAAAGACUUGACAACGACUUGAUGGAGUACUUUCGCUUGGCUUCGACACCUGCUUCUGAUGAAAUAUGUUUACUGAGUGGAUUGCAACUUCAAGCAGAGGAGACUUUGGCUGAACUUAAAGUGAAGAUCGAUCAAAUAACUUUGAAAAGCAACGCUACAGAGAAACCUCCGGAAGCGAAUGCCUCGUGCCGACUCCCUAAACUUCAGCUGCCGGUGUAUAGUGGAGACGUGCUCUUUUGGUGUGAGUUCUGGGACUCCUUCAAGAGCAACAUUGAUUCAAGAAAUCUGCCUGAUGUUGACAAGCUCUCCUAUCUUAAAGCCUCGGUGACGGGAGAUGCCAAGAAAGCCAUAGAUGGUCUGUCAACUACUAAUGCUAAUUAUAGAAUAGCCAUAUCGAUCCUAAAGGAGCGUUUCGGCAAGACCUCUCAUCCCAUUGACGCGCAUUAUGCAACACUAUAUAAGGUUAAGAUGGCCAAAAGCACCGCUGAAGACUGUAGAAAGACAUUCAACGAAGUUGAACGAAAUCUCAAAAUUUUGGAAUCAUUAGAUGAAAACAUCAAUCACAAUCAUCUUCGUUUUAUGUUGCUGGAGAAAUUUCCACCCGAUCUAGUUUACGAAAUUAAGCUGAAGGUUAAUGAUGAUUCUAUACAAGAAAUCAGGAACCAAUUAGAUAGAAUUAUUACCGCAAAAGAGGAUGCUGAAAGGAUUUCAGGAAGAAAACGCACGCAUGAAGCAGAAGAUAGUACAGUCGGAACUCUACAUAUAAAUGUGAAACGUGCAAGAAGCGCAUAUCAACCCAAACAGCAGCAAGGUCCCCCUAAGAAACAAAAUCCUCAAGGAGGUUUUGAUAGAAGACCGGAAAGGAAGAAUAAGUUUGAUAGUAUUAAUAAACCCAAUAAAUGGAACAGACCAAAACAAACUCCGACUUCUAACAAGGAUCAACCAGAACCUCAGCAGGGCUCUCCGAAGGGGAGAACAGCGUGGACAUGCAUCUUUUGCAAAGGUGAUCAUUACAAUGAUAAGUGCUCUGAAGCUACUACCUUAGCAGAAAGAAAGAAACGACUUGGAAAGAAAUGCUUCAUGUGUUUGAAGUUAGGCCACUUUAUAAAAGACUGCAAGAACAAACAAGAAUACUGCAAUGAAGAAACAGUCCUGACGGUUCUAGGAAAGGGAUUCACUACUUUUCAAACUUCUGUCGUUAGGGCUAACCCCCUAGAUAAUAAAAAUAAACAAUAUAAAUAUAGACUUCUUUUAGAUCCAGGCUCUCAGCGCUCCUACGUCACAUUUCAAACUGCCAAGGAAUUGAAGCUUCCCAUUGAAGAGGAAAGUCAUUUAACUAUAUUUACCUUCGGUGAAGAUCCUCCUAAAGAAAUACAUAGUCCAAUAGUUACUUUACAAUUGCUGUCAAGGACAAAUAAGAAGAUAGUUAUACAAGCCAACUGCGUUGAACGUAUUUCAAGAGGAUACAUACCCACUGUCAAGUUGAAGGACUUACCGGAGUCAUAUAUACUAGCGGAUGACGGCUCGCUAAGCGGACAGGUGCAGAUUCUGGUUGGAAACGAGUACUACUUCAACCUAAUUUACGAGAAGAAAAUACAAUUGGGUAGUAACCUGUUCCUGGUCGAUUCUGCCCUUGGUUGGAUAAUAAGUGGUAGAACAGAACCACAGCUUAGUGACGAGCCCUAUGUAGUGACUUACGCUCAGACUUGUAUAGAAACGAAGCUUCAUCAACCUGACCCACCCCUUUGUGAUGGAGACAUAAAGAGCCUCUGGGAACUAGAAUGUAUAGGUAUUAGUGAUUCACCGAAAGCAACUAGAGAAGAAGAAGCAAUCAAGUAUUUUAAUAAUACCACUCUAAAAUUAAAUAAUCGUUACACGGUAAGCUGGCCGUGGAUAACUUACCCACCGGACUUACCCAAUAAUUAUGGAAUGGCUUUUGGUCGCUUAUCAAGCUUAUUGAAGCGUAUGGAUCAAGGCACGUUGUUAUCAUACGAUGAUACGUUUAAACAACAAUUAGAUAAGGGUAUAAUAGAAGUUGUACUUGCUUCAAGAACGUCAACGGAUAACGUAGUUCACUACCUACCCUUCCAUGGAGUAUGCCAUCGAGGGAAACCUAUGAGAAUAGUUUAUGAUGCUAGCUCCAAGAGCAGCAAAGACACCAAGAGUCUGAACGAAUGUUUAUACAGAGGACCACUCAUGUUAGAAGACCUCACAGGUUUACUCAUUAAAUUUAGAACUCAUCAGAUAGGACUAACCUCGGAUAUUGAAAAGGCGUUCUUACAGAUGGCGUUACACGAAAAGGAUCGUGACCACUACAGAUGA